GGAGAACAUAACUUCAGUUUAUACAUGAUAGAAUCACAGAAAGGUCACAUUGUUAAAUUCAUAUCAUCGGAAAGAGAAAUAAAUUUGAAAGUUUAUUAAUAUAACUGAAACAAUUAUUUUGUGCAUUGAGAACAUUUGUUUACAAAUAUGGUUGUUAGUACAGCAGCAACUGCGUCAGAUGCGAUAUCAAGCGCUGCGAUGACGAUAAAAACCGACGCUAUUCCGUCGCGUGGGUUUCCAUCGCCAGCAAUGAAGAUACCACGGUUUGGAGGUUUCGAAGGAAAAUACACGGAUGCGUUUUCGGCUGGUUUGAAUUUACCGUUUAACGCUAUACCUCAGUUACCGCAGUUACCGUAUUUACGACCAGUUUCUCCAACCAAACCAGAUGAUGAAAGAAUUGGUGGAUUUAGGUUAAAAAGCGAAGGAGAAGAGUCAACGAUGACAAAUAUUGAAGAUGACGAUGAUGAUUUGAAAUCCGACGAAAAUAACAACAGCAAAUCGAAAUCUCUCGCAAAUAAUCGAAAGUCGCGUAAACCUAGAACGAUAUACAGCAGUUACCAGUUGCGCCUGCUCAAUAAACGAUUCGAAAGAACGCAAUACCUAGCUCUUCCAGAGAGAGCAGAGCUCGCUGGUGAACUUGGUUUAACUCAAACCCAAGUAAAAAUUUGGUUUCAAAACAAGCGUUCCAAGUUUAAGAAAAUUGUCAAAGCUCAUGGCGGGUCAAUUCCAAUCACGUCAGCAAUCCAUUCACCGUACACAACAGGAAACCGAGUCUCAUUUCCAACUGCAUGGGAAAACUUAAAAUCACCGAGUACGAUAUCUCCAACUACAACAACGUCUAGUGGUUAUCCUCCUAGCCACCCUUUAACGUCUUCAAUAUACGAUAACAUGUGGUUUCACCCAAUGACUUCUAGCGGAGGACCUACUCCGUUUUCUUUUCCAAGUAUGGACUUGCUUAGUCAAGCAGCAAAUAUGCAGGGCUAUACGCCGGCUGCACAUUCAGUUUUAUAAUAUUUUCUUAUUUUUUUUUAAUUUACUUGUUAAUACGUAUUUUUUUUUGGUUGACCAUCUAUCGAGCAUUCGCGUGUAUUUCAAGUUUAUGUUUUUUUUUACAACAGCAACCUUCUUUAAACUUGUUUCGUGCAGUUACUAACAUUGUUCUAGCGUUCACUUCCUUUGUGUUUUUAAAGAAAAAAUUUUAUUUUAUUUUAUUUUUUUACACACGAUAGCAUUCUAUAACCGCACACGAACAUAAAAAAUACUGCUUAUUCAUCUAAACUUCAAAAUAUUUGGAAGGAAUAGUCGUAAACAAUUUUUUUUUUCGUGUGUGCGAUAUAUGACACGUUUUAUUUUUAGUAGGAUAAAGUUAGGAACAAUUUAUAAAAAGCACAUGAGAUGCUAUCGAAUUUAUAAUUAAAACAAAAGAGAUUUUUUAAGCGCCUGUAUAUAUGACUUGUACAAAAUUCUAAUUUUUAAGACCUGAUGUUUGAGAAUAUUUGGAUACAUAUAAA